AUGGCGAAGCUUCUUGGUCGAGAUUUCAGCAGGGCUUUGACAACAAUGCGAGGGACAUCCGGAUACCUUGCACCGGAGUGGAUAUCAGGACUGCCGAUCACAUGUAAGACUGAUGUUUACAGCUAUGGUAUGAUGCUUCUUGAAAUCAUAUCUGGUCGAAGGAAUGCGGAGAAAUUUAAGGAAGGGAAGUUCACAUACUUUCCUAUCUUUGCGGCAAUCAAGGUGAGUGAAGGAGAUGUUAUGUGUCUGCUGGACAGUAGGUUGGAAGGCCAGGCAGAUGUAGAGCAGCUGAGCAGAGCUUGCAAAAUCGCGUGCUGGUGCAUUCAAGAUGCCGAGGAUGAUAGGCCGAUGAUGGGACAAGUUGUUCACAUGCUGGAGAAUGUCAUGGAUGUGGAAAUCCCUCAUAUUCCAAGGUCGCUUGAAAAUUAUGUUGGCAUGGAGGAUUGCUCUUACUCUGCGAAACCAGAUAACUUGUUCUAA